UGAAGGAAGCGUUUGUCAGAGAAACCGUAAUAGAAAAGUCAUUGGAAACAGCAAUGCCCAAUUUUGCAGUACUAUUCUUGUUACUUCUCUUCCCAUUCUGACGACACUCUUUAUUGUUUUGGAGUCUGUGAGGAAAAACAAAAACAAAAAUUAGAAGAAAACUUGAUUCAGAAUUUGACAUCGAAAAAUCUUCCAAGUUCAAAAAAAAAUGCCCGAGCUCCGAUUCCAAUUCUUCGCUCCGAGACGCGUACAGGAAGAAAGGUGCUUGGAUGGUAUGGGAGGCAGAACACCAGAGCAUUACGAGGGUAGCACAUACUAGCAUCUUUAAUAUUUACCAGGCACAUUUAUGGCGUCUGCCAGCCUAGGAAAUGGUGGAGUAGGCAGUUCCAGGUCUGUUAAUGGCUUCAAGGGUUCAUCUAGUUCAGUUGACUGGCUGGGGAGAGAGAUGCUCGAGAUGAGACUGAGGGACAAUGUUGACCAUGAUGAGGACAGAGAUAGUGAACCAGAUAUAAUUGAUGGUGUAGGUGCUGAAACAGGGCAUGUAAUACGAACCACCAUUGGUGGUCGAAGUGGUCAAUCUCGGCAGACAGUCAGUUAUAUUGCAGAACAUGUGGUUGGAACUGGUUCUUUCGGUGUCGUUUUCCAAGCAAAAUGUAGAGAAACUGGAGAGAUUGUUGCUAUAAAGAAGGUUCUCCAAGACAAGCGCUAUAAAAAUAGGGAGUUACAGAUAAUGCAGAUGUUGGAUCAUCCAAAUACUGUUGCCCUUAAGCAUUGUUUCUUUUCAACUACAGACAAAGAAGAGCUUUACUUGAAUCUUGUACUUGAAUUUGUCCCUGAAACUGUUAACCGUAUUGCAAGAAACUAUAGCAGAAUCAACCAACGAAUGCCCUUAAUAUACGUUAAACUUUAUACCUACCAGAUCUGCAGGGCGCUUGCCUAUAUACACAAUUGUAUCGGUAUAUGUCACCGUGACAUCAAGCCUCAAAACUUACUGGUCAAUCCCCAUACACAUCAACUGAAACUUUGUGAUUUUGGGAGUGCAAAAGUGUUGGUGAAAGGAGAACCCAAUGUUUCUUACAUCUGUUCAAGAUAUUAUCGCGCUCCAGAGCUCAUAUUUGGUGCCACUGAGUACACAACUGCUAUAGAUAUAUGGUCUACAGGCUGUGUGAUGGCUGAAUUACUUCUUGGACAGCCUUUGUUUCCUGGUGAAAGUGGUGUUGACCAACUGGUUGAGAUCAUUAAGGUUUUGGGAACUCCAACCAGGGAGGAGAUAAAGUGCAUGAAUCCAAAUUAUACAGAAUUUAAGUUCCCCCAGAUAAAGCCUCAUCCCUGGCACAAGGUCUUCCAAAAACGUUUACCCCCAGAAGCGGUGGACCUUGUUUGUAGGUUUUUUCAGUACUCUCCCAAUUUGCGAUGCACUGCUUUGGAAGCUUGCAUUCACCCUUUCUUCGAUGAGCUGAGGGACCCAAACACACGCCUUCCUAAUGGCCGUCCUCUUCCUCCUUUAUUUAAUUUUAAAUCCCAGGAGCUCUCAGGCAUACCACCUGAUAUCAUCAAUAAACUAAUUCCAGAACACUCUCGGAAGCAGAAUUUGUUUAUGGCUUUGCACACGUAGCUACUAUUACCUGUCUCUCACUUCUGCUUGCCAUUUUCACUUUGCAUAAGUCUUUUAUUGGCAUCUGCCAAAUCCGUCGCCCUUCUUAUUUAUGUGCCCUGUGAGAAAGUUGCAAAGGAGUUCCUAGGACAAUAUAGGAAACCUGAGGCUCUGAGUUUGCUUGCUGAUAGAGGUGCUUUUGAGUUUUAAUUCCAAGACCGAUAUAAUUUCAUGUAUAUUUACUGUGACCCUUCUUGCCGGGGAAUUUAGUGAGAUGAAAGUGUCAGCAUGUGUAUGUA